AGAAACCACAAUUCCCUCCAUCUGCGCAACCCGGCUACGCACAAAGACGGAGCCGGAGCCGGGAGUUCAACGUGCAACGGUCGCGCGGUUUCAUCGUUCCCUUGUCAACAGGGCCACAUGCCCAACAAACAAUGGCUGGCGAGCCUCCAGAUUCGGCUAUUCCGGCCCAGAGAAGGAGAGCGCUGCUGGUCUGCUUUCGCUGUCACGGCAAGAAGAUCAAAUGUGACCUGGUCAAGGCCGCAACCCAGUCCUGCAGUAAUUGUGCCCAGGCCCGGGUUCCGUGUCGAGUACGCCCAUCGAAACGGGGCUUGGGGAAGCGUCAAUCGCAGUUCGACCAGCAGACCGUACCACGGUUUUUACCUGCAGAGUCAGCAACUGCAGGGACAGCCGUGUCGUCCGAGGCCGCGUCCAUUACCGUUGGCACGGACCAGGCCCACGGCCCCCAGCGCAGUCCAUCAUCUCCCCAUGACCUCGCCGACCCCCUAAUCCUAGCACCACCACCGCCGCCACCGCCACCACCACAGACGUCCUUCGGAAUUACUACCGGAUUUGAGCCUUCACAGUCUCGAGCGGUCGUCUCCAGCGAACGCAGGCUGGCAGGCGUCGACUACCACCCCCCGAUCCCCUCACCGGACUCAUCCCAUGCCCGCAGCACACCGAGCUCCAGGAGCCUUGGCUCCCAGCAGCUGUCGGUCCAGACCAGCUGUUUCGGCGAUACCGGGUACAUGACAAUCUUCAGCCGCGACAAUAUUGUCGAUCAGGACAAGGUCCAGCAGGGCCAGUUGCUAAGCGGCGUCGAAACCAUAUCGCCUGCCCUCCAAGAGGGCUUCAUAGAGUCCUACCUCGAGUACUGCUAUGUGUGGUGUCCCGUGCUCGAUCGUGAUUUCUUCCACGGCCAUGGGGGCGCCGACGAGUCACCACUCCUUCAGCAUACCCUUGCCCUCUGUGGGACUCGCAUCAACCCGCCCUUGAUCCAGUAUAGGGAUUCCAUGGUCUACUACAACCGAGCCAAGGAGUUGUUUUACAACAACUAUGAAGGCAACGCCUUGGUCCGACUGGCGUCCAUUAUGUUGUUCUUCUGGUGGAGUACCGGCGCCCCGAACCAGCUCAACAUGGACAACGCCUGGUGGUGGACGGGCAUUGCCAUACGCGUCGCGCAGGAGUGUGGACUGAACCGAGAGCCGCAGCCUCGCCAGCUGGCCCAACCUUGGGAGACUGUGGGACUUCGACGUAGGAUAUGGUGGACUUUGUUUGCGAGGGAUCGCAUUCUCUCCGUCUCACAAGGUAGGCCAACCAUCAUCGACCUAGACUAUUGCGACGUCCGAAUGGUCACCCCCGAGGAUUUCCCCGACCCCUCCGACCCCAAGGUGCACAUCUUUAUCAACUGGGUCGAGCUGCUGGGCAUCAGCGGGCGCAUCAGCAAGCAGCUCAACAAGAAGAUCGAGGACUGCACCAACACAGCAAGCUUCUCUCGCGAACUCACCUCGUGGGUCCAGUCGCUACCCACAUCGCUCUCGCUCUCCAUCCGCACCGGCCGCACCACCUCAUUCGACCGCGACGUGCACCGCCUGCACGUCACCUACCUAACCAACGUGACGCUACUGCACCUGAGCAAGUCGUCGCAACUGCUGCUACCCAAGGCCUCUAAGGCGGCCAUCGUCGCGGCCUCGUGCGUGGCGCGCCUGUUUGAGGACUUCCUGACGCGCGGCAACGUCCGCUUCCUCUCGGGCGAGGCCGGCUGGGAGAUCGCCGUGGCGCUCCUGGCGCUGCUGCACGCCCGCCGCAUUGAGGACCUGCGCGCACACGCCGACGCCGACAUCCGCACCCUGCGCACCGCCCUGCGCCAGAUGGCACUGAUGUGGCCGUCGUCGCGCAUGUUCGCCGCCGCUAUUGAUAAGCUGUCUGCGGUUGACGACCAGCCGGCCGCGGCUCCGGCACCGUCGGCGUCAGCCGGCCGCCAUACCCAGCAGCAGAAUGACAACAGCAAUACUAACGCCAAUGACAAUGCGGUCGAGACGGGAUCCGAUGGGGCCCGCCACGGCGUCGAGGACGCCGAGAUGCUGGGUGUGAUUGACGACGAUGACGGUGACGACGACGAGAACGCCGACUGGAUGGAUGCGUUCCCCUUCGUGACGGAGCAGACGAGCCCGCUCAUUGGCGCAGUGCUGGCGCGGAAUCUGGCUGUGCCUUUGCCAGAGCUGGAUUGGCCGCUGGAUAUCUCCGGGAACCUGCAGGAGUUUUUGGCGCUUCCAAGUGAUUACUCGUUUGGCAUGUUGAGUCUUUGAGUG